AUGUCUAGUCUACGUCGAUGCAGUUCGUGUGCCGACGGUAACUGGCUAGAGGCCAUAGCCUUCAACCAUUCAUCAAUCUCCGAAUCACGACGCAAGCUAACAUACGACUCCGGUCCUCGGCAGCGAUUCUGGAAAUCUCUGUGGAAGUUGCCUCUUUCAAAGAGUGCGAGUCUAGGCCAUUUGUCAAUGUUAUCGGCAGAAUGGAAACGAAACAGCGGAACGGAUGCGGACUCUUCUGCCGAGAACCCCGUUGAUGAACGAUCCGAAGACUGCGACAGUUUUCGAGCGUCCGUCGUUACUAGAGAGACUCUUAUUCAACAAGCUAAGCAUCUUCUGAAGGAAGCCAAGACUUGUGAAGUUGUAUUCGUGAUGCGAGCGUGCGCGAGCUACGAUGGGUCACGAGACGAAGACUGCCUUGUCAGAGGACAGACGCUCUCUAUUUCAGUUAACGAUUUUCUGCAGAUAAAAAAGAAGCUAAACGAUGAUUGGUGGAUUGGUAGAGUUGUGAAGGAAGGAGGUAACGACGGAUUGAUUCCCAGUCCAAAGAAAUUGGAAAAAAAGUAUCUCCAGCAGAUACAUGGCCUGACGAGAAACAGAAAGAAGGGUAUGACAGGAAGUUUGUCUAGAGAGGGUCUUCUAUUAGACCCCACAUCCGAAAGACACACAAGACGACUCCCGGAAGAACGGACAGCAAGCGAUGGACACGAAAGCCCUGAAUUGUCUAAAGGUUACAACAACUCACUACCAGUACAGCAACCUGCUGUCAAUCAAAGAAGACGAAUGACGGUAACUCAACUUUUUAAAAAGUCUGAACCCGAACCCGUAAGAGCAUAUGACAUAGUACCUCAUAUGAGACCCAUACUGUUCGUGGGUCCAUCACUAAAAGGAUUUGACGUGACCGACCUAAUGCAAGAAGCUGUCAUCGAAUGUCUGAAAAUCCAUUUCAAAGACAGGGGCAGGUUGAGAACCUUACCAGUAUUCAGUAGACAUGCAGCAGCGUACAAACCCGGCCAGAAUUCCAAAAUCUCUUCUCAAGGAGUUCUCGCUGAAAUCCGUAGCUGUGUCCGUGAAGUGUACGAUCAAGCCAAGACUAUGAAUCUUCUUCUGCUUGAGACGAACGUUUCGUAUCCUACCGACUUUAUAAAAGCUGGUUUGGCACCGUUAGUAAUUUGCAUCCGCAUCAACUCUGUGAGGGUACUAAAGAGAUUGAUUUUAUCUCGUGGAAAGACUCAGGAAAAGAGGCUAGGAGAUCAACUAGCGAGCGCAGAAAAACUAGCGCAAAUGAAUCCGGCAACGUUUGAUCUGAUAAUAGACGAGAAUCAGCUUGAAGAGGCAUGUGACAAACUAAUCGCCUUUCUAGAGUUACAGUGGCGCGCUACCCGACCUAAUCCUUCAGUUACGCCAACCACAAAAAAGCUGAAAACAGGUUUACCACAUCAUCGCUUUCACUACAAAAGACGGGGUCAGCAUACAGAUAGUUACUACUCUACGAAAGGGGUUUCUUCGCCAGUCGCCAGGACCCUUGGAGUCUCUUCUCGUGAAUCCGAAGAAGAGUCAGGCGCAAGUCAACUCUCAUUCUCUGAUUCUACAUAAAGUUACGCAAAUUUUUUAAUCAA